UAUAUGGUGCGUUCCACUAAGCGCUCACGACGAUCAAAAUGCUCCUUUAGCCAUUCCACAUACCGACCGCGGUCGUUGUGGUCACGGCGAAAACGUCACUCGUGACGUCAUGACUAAUGCUCACGCAACGCUCACAACGACCCAUCUAAAGAGGUGGGUCGUUGUGAUCGUUGAGAAUAAUUUGGCGCAAUUUUUGAAAUUUUAUUUUGAAAUAUGACAAAUAAUAAUAUUAUUAUAUUCAAAGCUUAAAGAUGGCGACAAGAAAAAUCACAUUAUUUGAUUCAGAAAGAGAAAUUGUUGUAGAUAUUAUCGUUUCUGAAGCUGAAGCUGCUCGUGCAGAAAGAGAUGUAUUUUUUGCAACUGAGCUAUUAAGAAAAGCUGAAGCUUCCGCAUCUGUUCAAGUAGAUCAAGAAUUUAUUGAAGAGACUUCAGAGAGUUUUAUUGAAGAACGGCUUGAUAGUGAUAAUCUCAACUCUGAAACUCCACAAUUUGAAGGAGAAACUUCAGUAUACAGGUGGAACUCACCCUGCGUAUUAUUAUUAUUGGAAUUAUAUAGGUCUAUGGAAGGAACUCUGAACAGUGGAAAAAUUUCUCAAAAACAAGUAUGGAAUAAAAUAUCCCAAGAUAUGAAAAAAAAAGGAUACGAUGUGACCGGACCGCAAUGUCAUUCUAAAAUACGAAGCCUAAAAAAAACAUAUAAAUCUACUAAGGAUCAUAACAAUAAGUCAGGAAAUAAUAGAAAGACAUGGCAGUUUUACGAUAUUAUGGAUGAAAUUUUUGGCAAAAAAGCAUGGUGCAAUCCAGUUGCAGUUGCAUCUUCUACUGGUCUGUCAUUGAAAGAAGCAGAAAAUAAUGAUAGUACAGCGGGAUCUGAUAGCGGAUGUUCACUAAAAACAAGGAAGGCGUCGAUAGCAUCUUUACUGGAAAAAAGAUUGCAUCAAAAAGAGGAACAUGAAGAAAAUAAAAAAAAAAGUCACUUAGAGCGAAUGAAAAUGGACGAGAAAUUUCUUGAAGUUUUAGAAAAAUUAGCCAACAAAUAAGAAUUUAAAUGUUAAAUUAAAAAAAAUUAGUUUGUAAUAAUUUGUAAAUAUUAAAAAAUUUAUUUAUAGUUCAUACAAUUUACAUCAAAUUAUUAUUUUCACUCAAAUGUCCAAAAAUCCAAUGAUCAUACAACUUUGAUAAUUUUCGGUCCUAUAAAACUAUUGUGAUUACUCCUAACAGGAUUUAUGAUGAGUUUUCUACCAGUUUUACAAGGAAUUCAUAAUAGCAUCUCUUUUAAUAACUCCUGCAGUUCUCCUGACUUCACGUGAAUAGUUUCCAUUAUUUUCUACGUUUUCUUGAUUAUGUUCAGGGAUAGUGAUUACAUUUAACUCAUCUCCUUGUAAAAUGCAGAUAUUGUGGACGACACAGCAUGCAAUGAUGUACUCAGCCAUUAAAUCGACUCUUGUCAUUGGUAGACAAUGUAAUAAACUUCUCAUGCGUCCUUUUAAUAAUCCAAUACAUCGUUCAACAGUCACUCGUGCAGCUGAAUGACGAUAAUUAUAGUUUCUUUGUUUUCCAGUUAAAUGUCCAUUAUCUCGAUACGGAGUAAGUAAGUGUUGAUGUAUUUCAUACGCAGCAUCGCCUAGCAUAUGGCAAUUUUCUAAGAAUUUAUCAUCAUCAUUUACGUAAUCUGCAACUUCUGAUAAACGGAAAACUCUCUGAUCAUGAACAGACCCAGGAUGU